AGCUGGCUGUUGGAGCUGGCGCAACGCGACGGGCGGGGCUUGGAAGUUUGUUUCCGAGUUCGGAGCCCAGGAGUCCCCGCGACCGUCGUGCAGGUGCCCUCCGCCGGGGUCGGGAUGGAGCUGCCCGCCGUGAACUUGAAGGUUAUUCUCCUGGUUCACUGGCUGCUGACAACCUGGGGCUGCUUGUUGAACUCAGGCUCCUAUGCCUGGAGCAACUUCACUAUCCUAGCCCUGGGUGUGUGGGCUGUGGCCCAGCGGGACUCUGUUGAUGCCAUAGGCAUGUUUCUUGGUGGCCUGGUGGCCACCAUCUUCCUAGACAUAAUCUACAUCAGCAUCUUCUACCAGAGUCUUGCCUCCAGCGACACUGGCCGCUUCAGUGUCGGCAUGGCCAUCCUCAGCUUGCUGCUCAAGCCCUUCUCUUGCUGCCUCGUCUACCACAUGCACCGUGAGCGAGGAGGGGAGCUCCCACUCCGCCCAGAUUUCUUCGGACCGUCUCAGGAGCAUAGCGCCUACCAGACAAUUGACUCAUCAGAUUCGCCUGCAGCCCCCUAUGCCGUUGUGGAGGACAAGGGCCAGGCUGCCACCCGGGGGUACUGAAGAUGCCCCCCUCCCCAGUCUUCCUGGUGCCCAGCAGGAUGCUUGUCACCUCCUUUCUGGACCUGCAGUGGAGUGUCCUCCAUUCCCUGCCACAGAGGUAGCCUGAGUCAAGUACCUUGGAGGUCACAAUCCUCUGGCUUCCCAGCUAAGAAGAGCCAAGCCCUAACUCUCCAGGGAGCAACCCCUCCAACACACCUGCUAGCCCCUGGCUAAAACUGUGCUGCUUUCUCCACCUCCUACUCCAUAACUGUACCGUGCCCCUGCCCGACAGUGCUGAGUGCUGCAGGGCUACGCCUUAAGGGCCAGUGAUCGUUGCCUUUCAGGCUCUAAAAUGGUCCAGCCCUUCCUAGACGCUCUAGGAGCUUCUGGUCCUGCUCAGCCCGUCUCACUGUGUCUCUCACUGCCUGAUGGCUUGGUGCCUGGGGACCCCAGGCCUGGGGGCAAUAGGUCUGCGGAGGCCCCUCUCAGAACCCUGGCAUUAAAAUUCAGGGUUCUGUGGUUGA